GUUUUUUUCUAUAUACGCCUAGACAAGAUGACGCUCAGCGCUCUCCGCGUGAUAGCCGUGAGCUGUUUGCUUCUGGGCUGCGCCCUCGCCCAGUGCCCCUCGGGCGACGACUCGUCUGUGCAGGGCUUGUUGACACAAGCAAUCUCCAAAGCCAAGGCGGAUGGCGUCCUCGGCGAUAAGGACUUCAUCUGGGGCACCGCAACCGCCGCUUAUCAGGCACGAAAACCGCCCGCCCUUUUACAGCCACCCGUUGGCUGCUGCUCAUUCGCUCUGUGUGUGUGUGUGUGCUGUUGGGUUUGUGGCUGUGCUGUGUGUGCAGGUGGAGGGAGCUUGGAACGAGGGAGGCCGUGUGCCGAGCCUGUGGGAUAACUUCGCCCACGAGGGCAAGGCCAGCAACGACACGGUGAGGAAGGACACGAGCGACAAACACGGCCAGCUGGGAAACAGUGCCUGCACCUGGGUGUGUGUUGCCUGGUCUGCAGGGCGAUGUCGCCGUCGACUUUUACCAUAAGGUGGGUAUGUAGGUGGUCGGGGCUGGACAGACAGAGUGAGUCUACGUGUGUGUGGUGUGUGCGCCUGUACAUCGGUCGUCAGUACCCUGAGGACAUCCAGAUGAUGAAGCAGCUCAACUUCACCCACUUCCGCUACUCCAUCUCAUGGCCGCGGGUCAUGAACGGCCUACAAAGGAACGAAGAAGGUCAGUCGGUCGGGCAGAGCCAGACAGACAGAAGAACACACAGCCCAGCUUGUGGUUUGGUUUGCAGGUAUUCAGUUCUAUAAGGACCUGACGGCCGAGCUGCUCAAGAACAACAUCGAGCCCGUUGUGACCCUCUUCCACUGGGACUUGCCUGAGUGAGUGGAUGAAGGGCCGGCAGCGAGAUCGGCUGAUAUGUCUGUGUGUUGCGUGUUUCACGACACACGCCUGGCUGCAGCAUAUACGACUGGCGCAACGAGAGCCUGGUGGAGCCGUUCGGUCAGUAUGCCGACAUUAUGUUUGAGGCGCUCCCCGACGUCAAGUACUGGCUGACGGUAAGUGAUUGAGUGAUCCGCACAACGACGAGAGACAACCACACCACACCGGCAGACAGACACAUAUGAUAUGUCUGUGGAUGCAGCUCAACGAGCCGUGGGUCUUCUGCAAGCUGGGAUACCAGUGGGGCGUCUGUAAGCUUAACUACCAACCCAACAAGAAAAGCACCAACCGACGAAUCUCUCUCUCUUCUGCCCGUCAGAUGCCCCUGGCGUCGUGUCGGAGACUGAUUUCUUGACCUGCGGCCAUAAUGCCCUCAAGGCACACGCCAAGGUAUAUCGACGCGUCCAUCCACUGGACAGACAGACAGACAGACAGAAAGGAGGACAUCCAGAGUUGUGUGGUGGGUCGGCAUGUAGGCCUACUCGGUGUGGAAGACCAAGUACCAGGCCUCCCGCCCCGACACCAAGGUGCCGAUCGACACAGAAUGUGUAUUGUGAUGUGAUGGAUGCGUUGUGUGUGUGUGUGUGUGUGAUGUCAAGGUGGGCAUCACCCUGAAUGCCGACUGGCGCGCGGCGCUCGACCCCACCAACCCCGACGACGUGGCCCUCUCCUCAAAGGAGAUGGACCUCGUCCUCGGCUGGUUCGCGGAACCCGUGAGCACAGAGACAGACGCGCACACACACAGACAGACGAGUAGACAGACAAGAAGCUGUGUGAUGCUUGGUGCAGGUGUACGGGAGCGGCGACUACCCCCAGAGUCUGAAGGAGCAUUUCGCCGCGGACGCGCCCGUGUUCACCGAGGAGGAAAAGGCUUCCAUCAAGGGCUCGAGCGACUUCUUCGGGCUCAACUUCUACACCGCCAUGUACCCCACACACACCACCCCACACCAUACCACAGCACAGCACAGGUUAACACAGGCCAUUCCUUCCCCUUGUGCGUGUGUGGUGUGUGUCUGUGCAGCUACGUGGACUCGACCAAGCCGUACGGCCAGCACGAGACGGUGCACCGCAAUGGGGAGCUGAUCGGCGAGGAGACGGCCUCCGAGUGGCUGCACAUCGUCCCUUGGGGCUUCAGCACCAUGCUCAAGUACAUCAAGAACGUCUGGAACCCGCCCUCUAUCAUCGUCACGGAGAAUGGUACGUGAGCGAAUCGCUCCGACCGACACAGACAGACAGACAGACAGACAGACAGACAAGAGAGAUCCGUAUCUUUGUGGGCGUGUGAUGCAGGCGUGUCGGACGGCAGGGCGUCCACCGACAAGGAGACCCUUGUCAACGACUACGGCAGGGUCAAGUUCUACCAGGAUUACCUGACAGAGAUGGCCAAAGCCAUGAUCGAAGACGACGUGCCUGUCACGGUAAUGAUACACACGCACACACACACACACAUCCAUCCAUCCAUCCAUGUGUGUGUGUGUGUGUGUGUCUUUUAGGGGUACAUUGCGUGGUCAUUGCUGGACAACUUCGAGUGGUCCCAGGGAUACGCCGAACGGUACUCUUGGAGACGAUAGAGACACACACAACCCACAACACAACACAUGGGAUGGGCGUCUGUGGGUGUGGGUGUGGGUGUGUGUCAGGUUUGGCCUCACCCACGUCGAUUUCGACGACCCCGCUCUCCCCAGGACCGUCAAGAAAUCCGGCGAAUACUUCGGGUGGGUGUCUCAGCCUGCUCCCCCCCUCUCCAUGCAUGUGUGUGUAUGUCUGUCUGUGUCCAUCUGUCUGCGCAGUUCUUUGAUCCCCAAUGUGACAGCCCAGGUAGAGGCGUGCUCAACGGGCAACGACAGCACCGUCGCCACGCAGGGCGGCGACCAGCAGCAGUGGCAGGACGACUGGCAGCAGCAGGAUGGCGGUGACAACUGGGAGGGUGGCGACCAGCAGUGGCUCCGCUGAGAAGAGCCGAGAGACAGCUUUGCCAUGCAGCGAACAAGCGAUGAGAGGGAGGGGUACAUACUACCUAGGUGUGUUUUGAUCUGCGUGUUGUGAGGGUGGGGGUGGGGCGGCUGGAGGUUUUGCUGUCUGUCUGUCUGCCUGUCUGUCUGUAUGUGUCUUGUGUGUCCUGGGAAUCGCGAAAAAGAGAGAGGGCGACAUGUCUCGGCUCGUCUUAUGCUGGCGAAGUUUCGUGAUUUUUAGUACCUACCUUCUUCCGCAAUAAUGAUGCCCACGGUCAUGCUCACGUCACGCCCGCCACGCCACGCCACGCCACGCCACGCCGGCGACACCGAAGAGAGAGAAUUAUAUGUAGCCACAGCGAGCGGUCUGUGUGUGAGGGAGGGGGGAUGGGGGCAUAAAGUGUCUGAUGGCGACUGACUGAUGGGGGCUGACGUGAUGUGAUAUGUGUGUAGCUAGUCGUGGGAUGUGUUUCUGUGUGAGCUGUGUGUGUGG